AGAAGCAGCAGUAGCGAAGCAGGAGGCGAAGCGUUGACCAAAGCAGCGUCGCCGUCGGUUGCUUCUGUCGGGGGGCAUUCCCUUUCGCCCCUGGGCCUUUUGCACAGCAGCCGCCGCCGCCUCCUCCUCCUCCUCGGGGGAGAGAUGAGCAUCUCGGUCCCGGAGGGCCUGACGGAGCUGCUGCAGGGCUUCACGGUGGAGGUGCUGCGGAGGCAGCCGGGGGACCUGCUCGACUUCGCCCUCCAGUACUUCGGGGGCUCAAGGCCCAAGGGGGCAGGGGAGGACAGCUGCCAUCAUGCCGCCGCCGGCCGCCUCUAGGGGCCCCGGUCCCCCUCUGGAACCCCGCAGCAGGGGAGCCCCCACAGCAGAGGGGUCAACUUCGCCUCUGAGGAGCCCAUGCAGACCGACUCCGAGGGGAGGAGGAGGAGCUCGCAGUAAAAGAGAGAAGGUUGGAAUGCUCCAGUGAUAAACCGGUUCACUAGAAGAGCAUCAGUGUGCGCUGAAGCUUAUAAUCCUGAUGAAGAAGAGGAUGAUGCCGAAUCAAGGAUUAUUCACCCCAAAACAGAUGAUCAAAGAAACAGACUGCAAGAAGCUUGCAAAGACAUUCUCCUGUUUAAAAACCUAGAUCCGGAACAGAUGUCUCAGGUAUUAGAUGCCAUGUUUGAAAAACUGAUUGAAGGAGGGGAGCAUGUCAUUGAUCAAGGUGAUGAUGGUGACAACUUCUACGUAAUUGACCGAGGGACAUAUGAUAUCUAUGUGAGAUGUGAUGGUGUUGGAAAGUGUGUUGGCACCUAUGACAACCGUGGGAGCUUUGGGGAAUUGGCUUUAAUGUACAAUACACCCAGAGCAGCUACAAUCAUUGCUACCUCUCCUGGUGCUGUGUGGGGUUUGGACAGAGUAACAUUUCGAAGAAUCAUUGUAAAAAAUAAUGCCAAAAAGAGAAGAAUGUAUGAAAAUUUUAUUGAAUCACUGCCCUUCCUUAAAUCUUUAGAACUUUCUGAACGGCUGAAAGUGGUAGAUGUGAUAGGCACCAAAAUAUACAAAGAUGGAGAACAAAUCAUUGCUCAGGGAGAUAUGGCUGACUGUUUCUUUAUCGUUGAAUCUGGAGAAGUGAAAAUUACCAUGAAGAGAAAGGGUAAACAGGAUGUAGAUGAAAAUGAAGCAGUUGAAAUUGCCCGGUACACUAGAGGGCAAUACUUCGGUGAACUUGCUCUUGUAACUAACAAACCUCGAGCUGCCUCAGCAUUUGCACUUGGCACAGUCAAGUGUUUAGUCAUGGAUGUACAAGCGUUUGAAAGGCUUUUGGGACCUUGUAUGGAAAUUAUGAAAAGGAACAUUGCGAACUAUGAAGAACAGCUAGUUGCUCUGUUUGGAACAAAUAUGGACAUUUCUGAUCCCAGUGCAUGAAGUAAAAUAUGAAACCACAAGAUCUGUUUAUGAAAAAUAGCACAGUAGUGGUUAGUCCACUGAAAAUGUGUCUAUCUUCCUGUAGAUGCUAAGCAUUUUUCUGUGAUUUUACAGGGGACAGGGUUUCUUUGUGGUUUUUUCCCUUCAAUUUUUAUUUGCCUUUUUGUACACAGUAUUUCAGAUGUAUCAGUAAACGGAAUACAGACAUAGUAACGUUGGCCCUGUCUUGAAGAAGAAUUACACCACCAACACCUGAGUUUUCAGGUAACAGCUUUCAGUAUCAUCCCGUUAAGUCUUUUAUUCAAGUUCAGUGAGUGCCCUGUAUCCAGUUUUGGUGUCAUAACCUUUUGGGACUUCAAAAGAAGGCCAUACAUUCUAUAAUAGCAAACAUUUUCUUUUUAAAACAUCCUGGACUGUAACCCAAACAAUGUGUGCACAUUGGCAUGUCUUUUAAUUUCACUGUCCUGACCUACCUGUACAAGAGAAUACUCCUGAAUCCCCUUCUCCUUUUGUGGUAGCUUGUUUUUUUUAGGACAAGGCCUGGGCUACUUUCAAAAGGAGUAUUCUGCUUUUCUUGAAUAUCUCUCUACACAUUCCUUUGGAUUGCAGAAUAUUUGUUGAUUAAAUCUUUUCCUGGUUGAUUAAUAAUCAAUGGUGUCUGAAAAAUAUCUGCAGGUAAAUGGAAUCAGUUGAUGUCAGUGGAGUAUUUGCCACUGACAUGAAGUCAGGGUUUUGUCCACAUGUCAAUUAAAUGUAAUAUAUUGAAAAUAUUAGUGUACCCAGUGUUCACAAGUAUCUAGUGCAAAGGUUUACAUGAUACAUUUGGUUUCCUGGCUGUUCAAAACUGAAUCAGCGUAACUUAGGGUGGAUUUAUAGAAGUUGCAUCUCCAAACAAUAAAACAUGGCCUUGUAUUCUGGAUAGCUUUUAUGACCUGUGUCUGAUUUUAGCCUUUUUAAAUUUUUAUUUUUUAUAAUAUUCAAAAGUAAGAUAUCAGAUUUCAUUUAGGUUUGUAUGAAAGAUGCUGUUAACACCCUACAAAAUGUGGUUUGUAUUUGUAUGUAAUAUGCUUAUUUUUUGUGGUUGUAUUUAUUGUGUAUGUGUUAUUUUGAUUAUACACACUUAAGCCUCCACUGAUUAGAAGAGUGAAAAAAAGUUAACUUCAAUUCAAGGAAGAAUAACUUCAGAUAUGUUAUUGUCACGUUCUGUUUGCCUAUAAUGUGCAUAGAUAUAACCUUGAUAGCAGUCUUGAUUCUCCUGUAAUCUGGGAUUACUUUUCAGGAUUACAGGUUGACAGACUGAUCCACAAAUCAGUUAAAAUAAAUUCUUUGGAUUUGGGGUGUCCAUUUUCUAGAGAGUUUUUACAGUCCUUUAUUUUAAAUACUGUUGAUCUUUCAUCUUAUGUGGACUUCAGCACUCCUUCCUUUUCUGGUUUUAGUUAAAUGGUACUUUUAGCCACUGCACUUAAAAUCAGAUCUAGGAAACCUCCACACUGCAGAAAUUAUCCAGUUUGAUGCCACUUUAACUGCCAUGGCUGAAUGCAGUGGAAUUCUGGGAACUGUAGUUUUGUGAGACAUUUAGCCUCCUCUGUCAGAGAGUUCUGGUGCCACAAUAAACUUAAAACCCAGGGGUCCAUAUCUUUAAGACAUGGCAGUUAAAUGUGUGUCACACUGGAUUAUUUCUGCAGUGUCGAUGCAGCCAUAAUCUUACCAUGAAAUAUGCCUCCUUGACCUUUCACUGCUACAUUUACCUAGCACAUAAAUGCUCUGGUUUUCAGUGGAAGGGAUAUAGAGAAGAGACAAAGUUGCAGUGUAAGUUUGUACUUGAGUACAUUUAUUUCCGUUAAUAGGAAUUUUUAAAAUUGAGACAUUUUAUAUGCAUUCAAGAUAUAUUUACACAAAAUUGAUACACCAAAUUGUGACUUGUUUCCCGUUAUAAUUUUUGUUGUUUAUGUAUUGUCCUUUUACUCUCUUUUAUCUUUUAACAGCCCCUGAAGAAGAUGAUUAAAUACCACUAGGCCAAAACAUGUUUAGCUUAAUUGCAAGAGUACAAUCAUCUUUUUCAGCACCCUGAGACUUUGUCUCUCUACAUCACUUCCAUUGGGUGUUACCAGUCAAUGCUUUUUGGUUUUCAGUGGGCCAGAAAAGAUUUUAGGAACUUGUAAAAUGGUGCUGCCCUAGAGGGUGCCUAGACAGGUCUAUAGGGACUCAAGGCAUCCAUCUAUGUACCUGUCUACAGCACAGGGGCCACCAGGUCUGAAUUUAAUUUUUGCCACUGAAGUUGGAUGUUUAACUAAGCUAGUUCAAAAUAACCAUGUAGAAAGAAAACACCUGUUUUGUCUGUCUGUUUGUUUUAAAUAGUUCAGUCUUCCUUGGAGGAACUGUCCUGUUGACAGAGGUGUCAGGAUAGUCUUUGGUCUUUUAAUGACCAUUCUUCCAUCAGCAUAAAACUCUGCCAUUUCAACAGUCAUGGCACAGAGUUGAUCCUUGCAUCUUGGACUGAAGGGGUGUGUGUGUGUGUGUGUGUGUGUGUGUGUGUGUGUGUGUGAAUAAAAUUAUAUUUAUUUUAUUUUUGUUUAUUGCCCCACCUGAGCCCACAGGACAAUGUCCAAUGGGCAUAUACUGUAAUUUCAGAAUUAGUGAUUGGUUGGAAUUAUAAAUGUAUUAUUAUUCAGCAAUAUUAUUAGUAUUAUGUUAUUUAUAUAAUACACUAUGAUAUAAAACAAAGGAGGAUGUGUCAACAUUUUACUUAAUCUUCCUGUAAAGGCCUAAAUCCAAUUUCUUGAUUAACUUAGAGUCAUUGAAUCAAAGGGAUUUUCAUAAGUAUUGACUUACCAUCCACCAGCUGAUUCUGCAUUUCUGUAUCAGAUGUGGGAAUCAUGUAGCCCUCCGGAUGUUGUUAAGAUUGCAACUCCCAGUGAUCCUGGCUAGCACAGCAAAUGUUAACAAAUGCUUGGAGGUGCAGUUCAAAAACAUCAAGAGAGCCAUGUAAUUCCCGCUGAUAGCUUACUUUGAUUGGGAGUAGCAAUUGGGUUUAGGCCAAAAUUUAUUUGCUUUUUUAUCUGAACAAGUGGAUUGUGUCAUGUAGUGGAGAGAAAAUCAGGCAGAAGAUUAUGGCUUGCACCCAAAGAUCUAUGCCAGGAAUUUCACGUACUGAAAAGAGCUUUUUUUUUUUUAAAUGGAGCCGACCCACAGCAAAUUUUGAAUAUUGAAUUAAGAUUCUUCAAAAACAUGGUGAUAUAGCAUGGUGAGUCAGUGGGGAAAAAUCCCACACUUAAAGUAACUCUUUUCAUCCUGGCCCCACUACUUUGGGAUUUUAUCUAUGUUAAAUUAGUGUUAUUCAGGAAAGUAAUGUUGGCCUGAUACAGACAGGCCAAAAUAAAGCUGCUUUGAGUCACUUUGCAAAUAUGCUGUUUAAAUGAUACAUGCAUCCUAAGAGUCCAGAAGCCUCACCAAAGCCAC